UGUUGCUCUGAAUCUUUGUACUAUCUGUUUGUUGUAAAUCAUUACGGAUUGAGUUACAUUCACUUCAGAUCAUUCAUGAUUCCGGCUCCACACUCUUUCUUCUGACCACAAGCACUAGGGUCUCGUUGUAACAUUCGCGACCUCUAAUAUCAUUACUUGAUGGACUUUGGGUCACUUCAUUGCUAGAAAAAUGCUGAGGGCCGCUGUUAGGGUACGCGUAGAUAUUCUUGUAAAAAGCAAAAAGCCAUUGAAUGUUGCUUCCCGGGUCUUCAAUAUGUCGUCCGCUACGGCUUCGUCAGCGUUCCAUAAGGGAUGGGUUCGAGGCAUCAACAAGACUUCAUCCAUUUUGAGGACCGUGAAAAAUGAGGGUCUCAGACGAGCUUACUCUACAAAGAGUACCGGGGAUGGAAACAGCAGUGGGUUUGAUUCUAAUUCGUUUGGGAAAGGACUUCCGUUUCAUCGCAGAGUAAUCAAUGCCUGGACACAGACUCCGACGAAAUGGUAUCCAAUUCCGAUUGCUGUUGGCGCGAUAUUACUGGUUGUUAUACAGUACCGCAGGAAGCGGAGAGCCUCCUCUUUCCCCCAUGUCGACGUAGACCAGGACGGUGUGGAAGUAAUCAAGCUAAAGGGUCCAUGGCAGGUACAUGUCCUCGGCGCAUUACCUCUUCGUAAUAUGUCACGGCUGUGGGGAUACCUCAAUUCGCUAGAGCUUCCACCUUGGUUCAGACCUUAUGGCUUUCGAAUUUAUGCUUUCGCUUUUGGCUGCAACUUGGAAGAAAUAGAUGAAGACCUGAAAACGUACCGCAGUCUCGGCGAGUUUUUCUACCGAAAACUCAAAGAUGGUGUAAGACCAGUGGAUAAUGCUGUAUUGGUUAGCCCUGCUGACGGCCGAAUAUUACACUUCGGAAUCGUACAAGGUUCGCGCGUUGAACAAGUCAAAGGGAUAAGUUACUCCCUGGAUGCACUUCUCGGCGUCGAGCGUCCCGGCACACCCCCCGCAUCCAUUGCUCCAUCCCAUCGCGACUCAAUGCCCGUAGUCGACGAUCAAGAAUUUGCCAAUGUCAAUGGUAUAGAAUACUCUCUUGAUCAACUGCUCGGGAGUGGAACCUCCACUCCUUCAACUCCUACAGACUCAUCGCCGAAUCUCCCUCAUAAAUUUGGUUCCCAAGUGGACGCAUCCGUAGUCGAGUCCUCACGCGAUUUCCAAGAAACUUUGGCACACGAUACCUCUGUCGCGUUCGAGAUGGGCGUCAAACCCACAUUGGAGCGCUCCAAGAGUCGUACUUCCGUAAAACCAGGAAACGCACUAUUCUUCACCGUUAUAUAUCUUGCCCCUGGGGACUAUCAUCGAUUUCAUAGUCCCACCGCUUGGGUUGUUGAGAAGAGGCGACAUUUCGUCGGGGAGUUGUUCUCUGUCUCGCCGUAUAUUGCGAAGAGGUUGGAGAAUCUGUUCGUCCUCAACGAGCGUGUAGCUUUACUUGGCAAGUGGAGAUACGGAUUUUUCGGCAUGGUGCCAGUUGGUGCUAUCAAUGUGGGAAGCAUUAAAAUAAAUUUUGACCAGGCAUUACGGACGAACGAACGUGGUCGUCCACCGCCCCCAGGUACCUAUACUGAAGCAGUCUACUCUGAAGCAUCGCCGAUUCUCAAUGGCCAGCCACUACUGCCUGCACAGGAAAUGGGUGGCUUCUGUCUCGGAAGUACGAUCGUUCUGGUUUUUGAGGCACCUCGCGAGUUCCAAUUUGCUAUAAAGGCAAAUCAGAAGGUCAAGGUUGGUCAAAAAUUAGGGGAUGUCGAGAAGGAAAAGACAGAGUGAUUAGAGCGACUCUCAGUCUCUAAGUAUAUAUAUAGGCAGAGGAGAUGAAUCUGGAUGAUUGAGAAGAUCUCAUAUAUCAUACUCACUGCUAAGAGUUAGGAUAAUUUGAUACCCUACUGCUUGCUCAACGGAAGCUUACUCGAUUUUCCGGACUGGCCUGACUUCGAAGUAUGGCGCGUGUGGUGUAGUGUAAAUACGAUUCUCUUCAAUUUCGGAUCUUUCAUCUGGCUUCAUGUAUAUAUCUACAGUCAUUCA